AUGACAACCAUGAAAAACGAGAAAGAACUGGAGCAAGUUCUCAAUAUCGAGAAAAUAAGCUCCGAGGCCUUCAAAGGUACAGUUCAGGAUUCCCCCUCGUUCAUGGGGCAAUUCAAGGAAAUGAAAAGGCACAAAUGUGCCAUACUAGCCGCCUUUGCUUGCUCUACAACACCAAUUCUCAUCGAAUACGAUCUAACUUUGAUUGGUUCUAUCAUCGCAAACUCCCAUCUCACCAUUAUCGGUACCCUGAUCGAGCUAUUCUCCACAAACUGGAAGGUUUGGAUUGUGGCAAAAAUCUUCAUGGGCGCUGCUAUGGGUUCAAUGCAAGCCAACACCCACACAUAUGUCUCCGAAAUUACUCCAACCUCUAUUCGAGGAUUCAUGCUCUCGCUUUUCCAACUGUGGAUUAUUCUUGGUCAACUCCUUGCUUCGUGUAUCCUCGAGGGAACGAGCCAUGUCCGCAGUGGUUGGUCCUGGAAAGGCGCUGUCCUAUCCCAAUUUGGACCGGCCUUGUUUUGUCUAGUCAUGUUCAUUCCUCUUGUUCCUGAGUCUCCUUACUACCUCAUCGCCAAAGACAGAUUAGAGGAUGCGAGGUCAGCGAUCGCUAGGCUGCAGGGGAAUGAAGACUUCAAUUGCGACGAACAAGUACUGCAAAUCCAGGAGACUAUUGCCCACGAACGGCAGGCGAAGAACGGAUCAGCUUCCUUUCUCGAAAGCUUCCAAGGAACAAAUCUCCGCCGCACUCUCCUGGCAUGUCUGCCCUUAGUGAUGCAAAUAUUCAUGGGCUACCCACUCUGCGGUAAUUAUUUGUCGUACUUCCUCACUCAAUCAGGAAUGAGCAACGCAUUCCUCGUUACAGUCAUCUCGGUAGUCUAUUCCCGUAUCGUCUCUCUUUCUACAUUCGUCACCAUUGAGCGCUUGUGA